ACAGAACUUUACAGCUACACCGAGGAGCCGGAGUUUGCCGUCAACAGGAAAUGCUUCCAGGAGGAUUUUCAAACCCAAGUGAAGGGGGGCCGGUGGUCGGAGCUGGACGCGUCUAAGCAGAAGGCCUACGUGAUGCAGCUGCUGGACGGGCUGGAGGUGGUCGACAGGAACAGGAGACUGAAAGUGGCCCGGGCGAUUCUCUAUCUGGCACAGGGUGUCUUCGGCGAGUGUGAUACGGAGGCGGAGGUCCUGUACUGGGCGCGCUACAACAACUUCCUCUUAUACCAGAUGGGCACCUUCACGGCCUUCCUGGAGAUGCUCAACAUGGAGAUGGCCAACAGCCAAGCUUGUAGCAGUGCCCUGAGGAAGCCGGCCAUCUCCCUGGCCGACAGCACCGCCCUCAGGGUGCUGCUGAGCGUCAUGUACCUGAUGGUGGAAACCAUCCGGGCGGAGAAGGAGACCGACCUGCCAGAGUGGAAAACCUCCCGAGAAACCUUCCGGACGGAGCUGAGUUUCCCCGUCCACAGUGAAGAGCCGUUUGCCCUCUUACUCUUCACCAUGGUGACCAAGUUCUGUAGUGGGCACGCUCCACACUUCCCCAUGAAGAAAGUCUUGCUCCUCCUCUGGAAGGUGCUGGUGUUCACUCUGGGCGGUUUCGAAGCCCUCCAGGCCAUGAAAGUGAGGAAGCGGGGGGAGCUGGCUCUCCCGCCUCUGCCAGAGGACAGCAUUCAGGUCAUGCGCAGCAUGCGGGCUGCCUCUCCCCCCGCCUACACCAUCGAGCUGGUGGAGCAGCAGCAGAAACGGGGUCACCGGAGCAGGAGGCCGCUGAUGAAGCAAGACAGCCUGGACAUCUACAACGAGCGAGACCCCUUCAAGAACGACGAGCUGGGGGCAGACGAGGAAGAGGCCGACGAGGUCGAUAGCGGGAUCGAGGGGGAGCUGGACCUGUUGGAGCGGGACACGGUCGUCCAGCCAGUCUCGGUGCCACGCCCGCCGGUCGAAAGGGUCUCCUUCCCCAAGGGUCUGCCCUGGGCCCCCAAAGUCAGGCAGAAAGAUAUCGAACACUUCCUGGAGGCGAGCAGGAACAAAUUCAUUGGCUUCACCCUCGGCCAGGACACAGAUACCUUAGUCGGCCUCCCGCGCCCCAUCCAUGAAAGCGUGAAGACUCUGAAGCAGCACAAGUACAUUUCCAUCUCCGAUGUGCAGAUCAAGAAUGAAGAGGAGCUCGAGAAGUGUCCCUUGUCUUUGGGGGAAGAGGAUGUGGAAGAGACCCCCUGUGAAAUACUGUACCGGGCGAUGUUGUACAACUUGCCACAGUACAUGAUAGCGUUGCUGAAGAUCCUUCUGGCCGCCGCCCCGACCUCCAAAGCCAAGACGGACUCUAUCAACAUCCUGGCCGAUGUCCUACCUGAAGAGAUGCCCAUCACCGUCCUGCAGAGCAUGAAGCUGGGCAUCGACGUGAACCGGCACAAGGAGAUCAUUGUGAAGAGCAUCUCGGCUCUGCUGCUCCUGCUCCUGAAGCAUUUCAAGCUGAACCACGUUUAUCAGUUUGAAUACGUCUCGCAACACCUGGUGUUUGCCAACUGCAUCCCGCUAAUCCUGAAGUUCUUCAACCAAAACAUCAUGUCCUACAUAACUGCCAAAAACAGCAUCUCAGUCCUGGAUUAUCCCGCCUGCACAGUCCAUGAGUUACCGGAGCUCAAUGCAGAAAGUUUGGAGACGGGAGACAACAACCAGUUCUGCUGGCGGAACCUUUUCUCUUGCAUCAACCUACUGAGGAUCCUCAACAAACUGACCAAGUGGAAACAUUCCCGGACGAUGAUGCUGGUGGUGUUCAAGUCGGCGCCGAUCCUGAAGCGGGCCCUGAAAGUGAAGCAAGCCAUGAUGCAGCUCUACGUCCUGAAGCUGCUGAAGAUCCAGACCAAGUACCUGGGGCGCCAGUGGCGCAAGAGCAACAUGAAGACCAUGUCUGCCAUCUACCAGAAAGUGCGCCACCGCAUGAACGACGACUGGGCUUAUGGCAACG